GGGAUGGGCGCUGGCUAGACCUAGCAGGAGAGUGAUGGGAAGGGCGAGCUUCAUGGUGAGUGACUGUUUCGUUGCAGUGUUGAUGCCUUGUACAGGAGGACACAUAGCAAGAGGCAGAGGGAGAGCAGGGUAUUUAUCUGCGCUGGCUCUGUGGAUACAGGCAUUGUUCCAGCCUGGAGCUUACCAUUCGCAAUGAUGAUGCAGUCACUGGUCAGUACAUGCCAUUCAGAUCAUGAAAGGGUAUCCCAAACAAGGCAACGAAUUGGAUGCGCCAAUAGUCUUGGGCCUGUUACAAUGCAGUUUCAUGGUUAUCGCGCAUGCGCUGAUGGCGGUAAGCGAUGCUCAAAACGGUGCCGAGUACGAGUACGAACCCGCUGUUGCAGAUCGGCACUGGUGGGGCGGGGAACUUUGUUUACCAGGGUAAUCAGGAAAUGCUGGUAUCUGAUAGGUGCAGAUGUAAGUUGAUGCCUGGAUAUGCAAUGCGUUGUUGAAACACAGUAUUAUCUUGAGGGUGGCUGGAGG